CGAACCUGCAUUCUAGAGAGAGAGACCCUUUAUAUCUUCAUUCGCCGUCCCCAAAACAGAGCUCCUGCUCCUCCGCCGUAUAUUCGCCGUUGAUGGUGGUUUCUGGCGACUGGGGCACGACGUCCAAUGGACGACGCCGAGCCAGAUUGCGAUCCUCCUCCUCCACCUCAUCCUCUAGAUGGAACUCUUUCAGGUACUCAACUUGUCGAAGCACCGAUACUUUUCUUUCUGUAUUUCCACAAAGCACUUCUGUUCGAGUUAUCCGAGCUCCGUCGCACUAUUUCGGAGGCGUUGGAUAGAAUAUCUUCUGGAAGCAGUGGCGGCGAACUUAUUGCUGAAAUUCGCCGGCGGUUUGAGUUUUUGAAUGUUGCUUAUAAAUACCACUGCGCUGCAGAAGAUGAGGUUGUUUUUUCGGCACUAGAUGCACAAGUAGAACAUGUGGCAUGUACAUAUAUACUUGAGCAUGAAAGCAUAGAUAACCUUUUUGAAUCUAUUGCUAAUUGCUUGAGUGGUUUGAUUGAGGAUGCUGAAAACGUUCUCAAUUCAUUGGAAGAACUUCUAUCAUGUGUUCGAACAAUAGAGACCGUUAUUUCUCAGCAUAUGCUGAAAGAGGAAAAGCAGGUUUUCCCUUUGCUAAUCCAGAGCUGCUCUUGCAAACAACAGACUUCUCUUGUUUGGCAGUUCUUAUGCAGUGUUCCCAUGAUGGACUUGGAGGCCCUUUUAGCAUGGCUGACUUCUUUUGUUUCACCAGAGGAGCAAACUGUCAUUAUGCAUUGUAUCAAAGAAGCUGUACCUAAGGAAGAAGAACUAUUGCAAGAGGUGUUAGUUUCCUGGCUUAAGAAGAAGCACCAGCCUUUGUGUUCUUCCUUACGCAGUGAGACUGUUAAGGAAGCAAAAUGUCCUAAUUGUACUAUAAAGUCAAAUGAUAUGCUCAAAGCUUGCUCAUCUAGUUGGAAUGCGGAAUCCUCCCAAGCAACUAUUAGACAUGGUCCUAUUGAUGGUCUUCAUAUCUGGCAUUCUGCCAUCUCAAAAGAUAUGAAAGAAAAUUUGGACAAGCUAUAUGAAAUGAAAAGUUCAAAUGAUUUUUCGCUAUUAUGCUCUGUAACUGUGGAGCUAAGAUUUUACUUGGACAUCACUGUCUACUAUAGUAAUGCAUUGCAAAAAGUCUUCCAACCUGCAAUAGAUGAGUUUUGCACCAGCUGCUCACUUAUUUCUAGUGAACGGUUCAAAAUGGGUGUAGAAUUUGAAGGUCUACAGAGGCUGCUGCAUCUUAAGAAUAAUGAUAAGAUGGCUUUGUCAACCUUUGUGGAGAAGCUUUGUGUGGAGCUUGAGAUGGUUCUGAUAGACUUAAGCAAGAACAUGGCAUACAUAGAAAAUGAGGUUUUCCCCAUCAUCAAUCAAAACUGCAAUACUGAGCUGCAGCAAUGGCUAUUAUACAGGAGUCUUCUUGCUUUACCACUUGGACUAUUAAAGAGCAUGAUUACAUGGUUUUCUGCACAUUUACCAGAGGUUGAAGCCAACGCCAUUCUGAAUAGCAUAAAUCAAGGAACUAUUUUAUCGGACAAUAAACCUUUUCAAUCUCUAUUAUCUGAUUGGAUACGCAUUGGUUACUCAGGAAAAAUCUCGGUCGACAAAUUCAGAACAGACUUGGAGAAACUGUUCCUGAGUGGGAAUUCUUUUCUAAAAGACAAAAUUAAGGAAGAUUAUGCAUUCUCCUCACCUUCAAAGACAGAAACCUCCAUUGUCAUAUCUAAGGGACUGUGUGAUUCUUCUUCUUCCAAUUGUUGUGCCAAAAUAAAGGACGGCAUAACAUAUUCCAGUGACAUUUAUUUUCAUGUACACUUCCCCCGAAAAUCAAAUCAUUUAUCUCCUUUUCAAAACUCUCUAGGUGCUCCUACUUCCAAAUGCAAUGUGGAGUCUAGACCUGUGGAUCAUAUUAUAUUCUUCCACAAAGCUCUCAAGAAAGAUUUGGAAUUCCUGAUAUCAGUUUCCUCAAAGUUGGCUCUUAACAGUGAGCUCCUUGUGGAUUUCCAGUCACGUUUUCAACUUAUUCGGUCUCUAUACCAAGUUCAUUGUGAUUCAGAGGAUGAAAUUGCAUUUCCAGCCCUGGAAGCAAAGGGAGAAGCUCCAAAUAUUAGUGGUUCAUACACCAUGGAUCACAAACUGGAAUUCGAACACUUCAAUAAAAUCUCUCUCGUUAUUGAUCAGCUUUCAAGAAUGCAAAUUUCAGUUCAUGGUAUUGAUUCACUGGAUGAGAGAAUGAUAAAAUACCGUGGCUUAUGCAUGAUUCUGAAUGAUAUGUCAAUAUCUAUGCAUAAACUGCUGACUGAUCACAUAUAUCGGGAAGAACUUGAAAUUUGGUCGUUAUUUAGAGAGUGCUUUCCAAUUGGAGAGCAAGAAAAAAUUGUCGGUAAUAUGCUUGGACGAAUAAACGCUGAGAAGUUACAAGAAAUGAUACUGUGGUUAAUGGCAUCUCUGACGGAAGAAGAGCAACAUGCCAUUAUGUCAUUAUGGCGCAAAGCCACUAAGAAUACAAUGUUUGAUGAAUGGUUAGGUGAGUGGUGGGGAGUUAAGAAGAUAAAUGAUACAGACAAAACUGACGAAGAUUCCAUUGCAGACCCUCUUAAAGUUGAACAAGAGUUGAAUAUCUUUUCUUCUUCUUCGGCUGCACAUCUUUCAAUAGAGGAUUUUAGUGACCAGGGAUAUAUUUCACAAAAGGAGUCUUCUUUCGGUGAUGAUGCCUUAAGCGUUGGUGAAGGAAAUAAUUGUGAUGAGACAAACAAAUCCUUAAAUAAAGACUGCAUUGACUUUGCGGGUGAUAUUGACAAGAAGAUAUACAAAGAGAAAGUGAAGCUCACAAGUCAAGAUGUUAAAUUUGUACCAGAACAGAGUAAGGAGAUCAGCCCCCAAGAACAACCUUCUAUAAAAAGUCAAGGAGAACUAGAGGCUGCAAUUAGACAAAUAUCCCGUAACUCUGCGCUGGAUCCCAAGAAGAAAUCAUACAUUAUCCAGAAUCUGCUAAUGAGUCGCUGGGUUGCAACUCAGAAGAAAUCCCUUUCAAAUAUUAUCGCCUCAAGUAACACUGAAGAAGAAGUCCCUGGUCAAUAUCCAUCUUAUCGAGAUCCUGAAAAUUUGGUAUUUGGCUGUGAACAUUACAAGAGAAACUGCAAGCUUCUGGCUUCUUGUUGCAACCGACUCUAUGCAUGCAGGCGCUGUCAUGAUGAUGAGGCUGACCAUACAAUGGAUAUGAAAACUACAUUGUUGAUGAUGUGUAUGAAAUGUUUAAUAAUUCAGCCUGUCGGUCCAACCUGCUCAACUUUUUCCUGCAACAAUUUUUCCAUGGCGAGAUACUUCUGCAGGAUUUGCAAAUUGUUCGAUGAUCUGAGGGACAUUUAUCAUUGCCCAUUCUGUAACUUAUGUCGAGUUGGAAAAGGAUUAGGUAAAGAUUUUUUUCACUGUAUGAACUGCAAUGCUUGCAUGUGGAGGUCUCUUUCAGAAGUCCAUAUAUGUAGAGAAAAGUGCUUUGAAGACAACUGCCCUAUAUGUCAUGAGUAUCUUUUCACGUCAACUGCUACUGUAAAGGCACUCAGAUGCGGCCAUCUUAUGCAUUCCGAAUGUUUCAAGAACUACACGUGUAACCACUAUACUUGCCCAAUAUGUAGCAAGUCUCUUGGAGAUAUGCAGGUGUAUUUUGGUAUGAUAGAUGCACUAUUGGCUGAAGCAAAGAUUCCAGAUGAAUACAGUGAACAGACUCAGGCAAUAUUAUGCAAUGAUUGUGAAAAAAAGGGAACAACUCAAUUCCAAUGGUUCUAUCACAAAUGCCCUUACUGUGGCUCAUACAACACAAGGCUUCUGUGAACAAACAUAUUAUAAAGAUUAAAGCCUCUUCACUGUGAGUAUUAAAAAAAGAUUUCUACUAUGUCUAUUUAAUUCAUCUUUGUUGUUGUAACUAGAAUAGGUCUAUUAGUUUCAUUCCACCAUUAAUAAUAGCAAUUGUAACUUAAAAUAUCAUCAGUCCUGUGUAUAUUGUCUUGUCCCAUCCAUUUCUGUAUGAGUUUGAUAGAAAAUAUUAUGUCUUCUUGGAAGAAAAUUUUGGCAUUCAAAUGUUGUAAUGAUAUUUAUUGAAUGUGAUUCUUCUUGUUGAUACAUCA